AUGGUGGGCAUGAGUAACUUUGUCCUCAACUCAUCUACCCUAGAGGCAAUGAUCGGGCAAGUUAGCCUCGGUGUCACCACGGGACAGGAUCAACGACGCGAGCAGGAACGCCGUGCUCUGGUCGAGGAGCUGCUGGCCGCAGUACGCGAAUGUCAGAAACACUACGGCAGUAAAACUGAGCUGGCCACGGAACAGGACCCUCGUAUUCUCGCCUUAUGUGACGUGUGGGAACGAGCGCUUUCCCAUGGACUUCGCUCAACUGGCUCAAUGUUGCAGAACGUCGUCGAGCUAGUAGGCGGCGCAGGUCUGGCAGGUGGCUCCACCGAAGGUCCUUGGUUCUGGGAUUUCGCUUAUCGUCACCUCACGAACCAUGAAAAGGAGCGCUUUAGUACGCUACGACACGUGUGGAGCCGUUGCGGACGUGGCCGCGCACUUUUACGCGCCAUUUUGAACGAACGAGCACUUGAGCGGUACGUCCUGGUAUGGCUGAGCGACGACCAGCUGCUCACCGAAUGCUACGAACCCUGGGCCAUGCUUUUAGACGGUGAAGUGCAGGGUUUACUACCAAGCACGGCCGCCGGUCUCAGCACUAUCCUAUUUGCGAUCGCGAUCGACACGCCAGAUUUAAAUGUAGCGAAGCGGCGCAUUGUUGAGGAGAAACCGGAACCCAUAAUCGCCACUCGUCGACCCGUUGGUCCGGUGCGAAAAAUCAACGCAGUUCAACGGGAGAUUCUAGAAGAAGCACCGCAGAGCCAGUGCCAGUUACGUCAGCCAGUGGCAUCACUGGGAACCGUCCCACUAAACCACCCUAAGACAACGCGAAGUGAUAACAUCGAUAUCGUGCAGGGCGAACCCGCCACUCCUGACGAUGAGCUGGGCGAGAGAGUAGAGGCGUACUCAGUCGAGGAAGCCCUCAAGAGCUUGCAUUUGACCCAAGAAAGCCCACAGGAACAUGAACCGGUUGUGCUGCGGUACCGGAAAGAAGAGCGGAGGCUGCUUCAGCUGGAUGAGAGCAGUUCUCCACCGACCCCAGAAACCACCGACGAAAGCAUGCUGGCGUGCAACUACUCAACCGUCACGUCCACCUCGGGAACAUCCGACAGCGGUGAAUCCGGGCUACACAGGCCGCUACACGGAACAAACGAUGAGCAGGAAGAUAUGGGCCGAAAUCGGACAUUUUUGGAGUCUUCGGCGGCUGUCGAUCUGGCGGCAUUGGCUGCCUCACAACAUCCCGACGAGCGUAUUCCUCGUUCCGGAUUCGACAAGCUGAAGCGCAAAUAUCACGAGCUCGAGGAGCGAUGCCAUUUGUUAGAGUCACGUGUGGCCGAGCUGAGUCUAGAAAACCAUCGUUUACGUAUGCUGACUCGCGCCAACCGACUCUCGGUGGCGUUCUUUAGCUUCAGCAUUCCGAAAGCGAUCCAGCGCACGUCAAGCGGUGGCCGGUCUCGGCGUCCGUAUCACGUGUACGAGAUCCGGAUCACACCUUCCGGCGUUAGCGGAUCAACCACCGGUAACGAGAGCUGGUGCGUUUAUCGACGAUACAACGAGUUUUACCGGCUGCAUCGACGCCUACAGAAGGAGUACACGACAGUUAAAAUGCUCGAUUUUCCACCGAAGAAAAAAAUCGGCAACAUGAACGCCGAAUUUGUGGAACAACGACGGCAGCGGCUGCAGGUGUACUUAAACAGCCUGUUCGUGUCCGCCUUGCCGGAAGUGUCCUCGUGCAGCACACGCACCCAGCUUGAGCAGACGUUUCCCUUUUUGAGCGAACAUCCUCCCUCGAGCUCGUGAGCAUGUGGCGCUUCGGAUCGAAUCUUAACGGAUUCUCACAAAAGAGAGCUCAU